AUGGUCGAUGAACGGGAUGGUCAAGCGGAAGCCGACCAAAGCGAAGCAGGAGUUGAUAACAUGCUAGAACAGCCGAUUCCGAAGAAUGCUGUGUCUGGUAGCCAAGAGAACUACAGCGAAGAUUACGGGGAUGGUCCAACAAACCGUCAACUGGCUGCUAGACAGGUGAUGGGGAAGGAUUUACCAACCUUUUCGGGCAAUCCAGAAGAGUGGCCGAUCUGGAUUAGCAACUUUCGCCGGUCGACAUCCACCUGCGGAUUUUCCGAAGAUGAAAACUUGAUUCGUCUUCAACGAUGUUUGAAGGGACCAGCGCUUGAAGCAGUUCGCAGCAGACUGCUUUGUCCUUCCAGUGUUCCACACGUAAUCCGUACUUUAGAGAUGCGAUACGGGCGACCGGAGACGCUUAUUCGCUCAAUGACAGAGCGAGUACGUCGGCUGCCUGCGCUAAGGACCAAUGACUUGGAUGGGAUCAUAGAAUUCGGCCUUGUAGUGGAUAACCUGGUGCAACAUUUAAAAAAUGCUGGACAGCAGGCGCAUCUAACCAACCCAUCAUUGCUGCAUGAUCUAGUUGGGAAGUUGCCGGUUGACUACAAGCUAAAGUGGUCAGCAUACAAAAGCAUGCGACUCGACGUGGACCUGAGUACAUUUGCACAGUUCAUGUCAACGCUGGUCGAGCUUGCAUAUGACGUAGCAGAUGAUUUUCCGUGUAUUGAGAAAGUACCGAGACAAACCCAGAUGAGUAAGGAGCGAACCUUUGUGCAGACACACGUGGAGUCCAUGAGAAGCGAACUAGCUAAUAGCAGUAAUCCAGGCUUCCGGACUCCAAAGAAGCCAUGCGUAGUAUGCCAUACGGAAGGACAUCGAGUAGCGGAAUGCAGUCGAUUCAAAGCGAUGGACAUUUGUGGAAGGUUGAACGUGGUGCAGCAGAGCGGUGUAUGCCGAUCGUGUUUGAACUUCCAUGGCAGAUGGCCGUGUAAAACCGCAAAGGAAUGUGGUGUCAACGAUUGCCGGUUAAAACAUCAUCAACUGUUGCAUUCACCGUCCGUAUCUGCUGACACAGCGGUAUCUACGAGUCAUCUGAGCGAAUCCGUUGGGAGUGAGGGUCCUCUGUUCAGAAUAAUUCCGGUAACGUUGUAUGGAAAGGAUUGCAAGGUAAGCGUCUACGCGUUCGUUGACGAAGGGUCCAAGAUUACGCUGUUGGAGGACGCCGUGGCUGAUCAGCUUGGACUAGCAGGGCCAACAGAAUCUCUGAAUUUACAGUGGACUGGGAAUAUAAAGCGUAGUGAACCAAACUCAAGACGGAUUAGCGCUGAAAUUUCUGCAGAAGGAUCGGCGAAGCAGUACCAGUUGUGCAACGCUCGUACUGUGGGUGGACUGCUGCUUCCAUCACAAUCGGUAUGUUACGAAGAGAUGUGCAGCCGUUAUCCACAUCUAAGAGGUUUGCCAAUAAAAAGCUACGAGAAGGUGUCGCCUAAACUCUUGAUUGGUCUUGACAACUUGAAGCUCACCGUACCGUUGAAAAUUAGAGAAGGGGGAUGGGUAGAGCCGAUCGCCGCAAAGAGUCGCAUCGGGUGGAGCAUCUACGGAUGCGCAACGACGCCACCAGUCUCGGCUGUCGUGUGCGGGCUUCAUUUUGGAGGAUGGACCGAUCAAGAGCAAGAGCUCAACAAGUUGGUUCGCGACUAUAUCACACUGGACAAUACUGGCGUAACGCAUCAUACUACGCACUUGGAAUCCAAGGAGGACCAACGGGCGAAAAUGCUGCUGCAGACAACCACCAAAAGAAUCGGCAGCGCUUUCGAGACGGGACUACUGGGGAAGGUCGAUGAGGUACGGUUUCCAAACAGCUACGGAAUGGCGUAUAAGCGGAUGUGUUCUUUGGAAAGGCGACUGAAUGAGGAUUCAACACUGUAUGAACGUGUCAGACAGCAGGUGCGAGACUACGAAUUGAAGAAGUAUGCGCACAAAGCAACACAUCACGAAUUGUCUACUACCGGUGCUGACCAGUGCUGGUAUCUGCCGUUGGGGAUAGUCAUAAACGCGAAGAAGCCAAAUAAGCUGAGGAUGAUUUGGGACGCUGCGGCCAAAGUUGAUGGAGUCUCGCUAAACUCCGCACUGCUCAAAGGGCCAGAUUAUUUGACAUCUCUUCCAGCGGUUAUUGGAAAGUUUCGAUUGUAUCAGUUUGCCCUAACUGGUGACAUUAGGGAAAUGUUCCAUCGCUUCUUCAUCCGGCAGCAAGAUCGACAGUUCCAGAGGUUCCUGUUCCGAGAUCACCCGCAAGAAGAGCCGAUAACGUACGUAAUGGAUGUAGCCAUCUUCGGAGCUGCUUGUUCACCGAGCAGCGCUCAAUAUAUAAAAAAUCUGAACGCCAAAGAUUUUGAGGCAAACUAUCCACGAGCAGCAGAAGCCAUCGUUAAUCGUCAUUAUGUAGACGAUUACCUGGACAGCUUUGGAACAGCUGAAGAAGCGGUAAAAAUCGGAAGGCAGGUCAAGGCUAUACAUGCUGAGGGUGGUUUCGAAAUCCGAAACUUCCUAUCCAACGAAACUGCGAUAGCUGCACAGGUCGGAGACGAAUCACCAGAAAUAGAAAAGAACAUCUGUGUGGAGAAGGACGAGCGGAUUGAAUCUGUACUUGGCAUGAAGUGGAUUCCUAGCAGCGAUACCUUCACGUUUAUAGUCUCUCUUCCAGACAACUUAUGCCAUGUUCUCGAACAUUCGCAUGUGCCUACAAAACGAGAAGACAUAUGGGCGACCGGAAUAGAGUGGGAUGACCCGAUUACCGAAGCAGUACUGAUGCAGUGGAAACAAUGGAUUGGACUUAUCCCGAAAUUGAGCACUCUUCGUGUACCCCGUUGUUACCUCAACGGAGCCAGAGAUAACAGCUAUUCCAAAUUGCAGGUUCACACAUUCGUCGAUGCAAGCCAGUCCGCGUACUCGUGCGUAGUGUAUUUCCGAGUAGAUACACCAGAAGGUCCAGCCGUUAGCCUUGUGGCGGCAAAAUCCAAAGUUGCUCCUCUGAAAAUGCUGACGAUACCUCGCCUUGAACUCCAGGCUGCAGUUCUGGGAUCUCGCCUGCUCAAUAGUGUAAUAGCAAUGCACGCUCUCCCUGUAACGAAACGUGUUCUGUGGUCCGACUCCAAUACCGUUCUCGCCUGGAUUCGGUCGGAUCAGCGGCGAUACCAUCAGUACGUGGGAUUCAGGAUCGGCGAAAUACUUUCGAUGACAGACGUUAGUGAGUGGCGUAAAAUACCUACGAAACAAAAUGUUGCGGAUGACGCCACGAAAUGGGGAACUGGACCAGACAUCCGAUCAGAAAGCCAGUGGUUCCAAGGUCCAGCAUUCCUUAAACAACUGGAGGCAUUCUGGCCGCGUGAAGUUGAGCAUAUCAAUUCAACGGAGGAAGAGGUGAUACCAUGUAAUCUUCACAAAGAAAUAGAGCCGUUGCUAGUGGACGCCACUAGGUUUAGUAAAUGGGAGAAACUACACCGCACCAUUUCUUAUGUACACCGGUUCAUCGAGAAUAUCCACCGAUCUCGAAGAAACGAAGAGCGAAAUCUAGGAGCCCUGUCGCAAGAGGAAAUGCUGAUAGCCGAGAGAUCGUUGUGGAUCCAAGCACAAGCAGAGUCGUUCGCCUCUGAAAUACAGUCGCUUAAGAAGACAAAAGGGAGAUCAGAGGAUACUCAUGAGGUCCUACCGAAAUCCAGUUCACUGUACAAGAUCUGUCCGUUUCUUGACGACACAGGAGUGAUGCGGAAACGAAGUCGCCUGGAAAAUGCCGAUUGGAUGGCGUUUCACACUAAGUACCCGGUGAUACUUCCUCGUAAAAAUCGCAUAACUUUUCUUCUUGUCGAUUACUACCACCGUCGCCUGCAACACCGCAACCGUGAAACGGUUGUCAAUGAGAUGCGGCAGCUCUACGAGAUUCCACGACUAAGGUCAGUGGUGUUCAACGUGGUGAAUUCCUGCAUGGCAUGCCGGUUUCGCCGAGCUGCUCCUAAUCCGCCUUCUAUGGCACCGCUGCCCAAAGUGCGAGUCACACCCUAUGUCCGGCCGUUCACGUUCGUGGGCGUUGACUAUUUUGGUCCAGUGUUAGUGAAAGUCGGCCGCAGCAACGUCAAACGAUGGAUAGCACUUUUCACUUGUUUGACGAUUCGUGCGGUGCACCUUGAAGUUGUACACAGCCCGCCACUGUGCGAAGAGCUGGUUCAUCACCUAGCGUCCACGUUUACCAACACUACGACCCGUUGGUCGUUCAACCCGCCUGGAGCUCCUCAUAUGGGAGGGGCAUGGGAACGAAUGGUUCGGUCUGUCAAGGUGUCAAUCUCCGGUAUUCUGGACAAUCAGAGGCGGCCGGACGAUGAGGUUUUGGAGACGGUGGUGAUCGAGGCAGAAGCGAUGAUUAAUUCGCGUCCGCUGACCUACAUACCGCUAGAGUCUGGUGAACAGGAAUCUCUAACUCCGAACCACUUCUUAUUAGGAAGCUCAAGCGGAGUGAAACAGAAGCCAGUAUUACCUACGGAUUAUCAAGCGACGUUGAGGAAUGGUUGGAAGCUGGCACAGCACCUGUCGGAUGGGAUAUGGAGGAGAUGGAUUAGGGAAUAUUUGCCAGUAAUAUCCAGACGAUCGAAGUGGUUCGAAGAAGUGAAGGAGGUAGCUGAAGGAGACCUAGUGCUGAUAGUCGAUGGAGCGGUACGGAAUCAGUGGAUGAGAGGGAUAGUGGAGAAAGUCGUGCACGGCAAAGAUGGACGAGUGCGGCAAGCAUGGGUGCGAACGGCGAAUGGUUUACUACGGAGACCAGUUGUGAAGUUGGCGUUGCUCGACGUCUUAGAUGGAAGUAAACCGGAUGAUGACCAGGAUCGUUUACGGGUGGGGGGAUGUGACGACGAGAACCCCUCGGCGCGGAACGGAUGA